AUAAAAAAUUUUAUACAAUUCGUCUCAUAGUUUAUAGUGUACAUUUCAUUUUUCUCCCCUUUUAAAGUGGACAAAAAAAUGUCUCGUGUAAAUAAAAAACGUAAAUUUAAUAUACUUGAUGCAUACCAUCAACGAGAAAUUGGAAUGUCAAAUCGACAUCACAUAACACAAGAGUUAUUAGCUACAGCCGAAGAUCGUCUUGUCACCAAAGAACAUAAUGAAUUGAGUUGUGAAAUGCCUGGAAUGCCUCGUUCAACAUUUCUGAUGGUAUUCAGUCCGGACGGGACAAAAGUGGCAUCAACUCAUGGAAAUCAUAAUGUGUAUGUGACUGAUUUGCGUACUGGUAAAAACUGUAACACACUGAUUGGACAUCCUCGAACACCAUGGUGCAUUGCAUUUCACCCCUCAUCAAAUCAAAUAUUGGCCACAGGAUGUUUAGGUGGUCAAGUACGAAUAUGGGAUUUAAGCGGAGGAAGCGAAGUAUGGACAACCGAAUGUCAAACAGUAAUUGCAUCGUUGGCGUUUCAUCCCCAUGAUAGAUUAUUGGUAAUUGCAACAUAUAAUGUAUUGUAUUUUUGGGAUUGGAGUCAACCAAAACCGUUUAUGCAAACUUGUACAAAUAAUGCUAAAGAAAAAGUUCGAUAUGUUGCGUUUGAUCGAUUAGGUCAUAAGUUAAUAACAGGAAUUGCAAAUAUGCAAGCAAGUGGUUCAAGAGCUUGGGAACGUUCACGAAGUUCACAUCCUUUAUUUCCACAACCAUCACCUAUAACAAGGAUACCACAACCAGAUAUAUAUUUAGUUCGGCAAAACACCCAUGCUUGGUAUACACGGCGUGGUAAUCGCCCUCCACGCCCGUCUGCUUUUCAAACACCGGCUCGUCAGUUAAAUUCAACUUCCUCCUCCAGUAAUACCAACAUAAAUAGUAAUAAUAGUAACAGUAAUAAUAAUAAUAACAAUAACACUAGUAAUCAAAAUGAAACUGAUGGAUCGAUAUCGUAUUAUGAACGACGAAUAAUUCAAUUAUAUGAAUCGUUAAUGCAACGUUUUUUAGAAGUAUAUCGUACAAGAGUCAUUAGUACAAUGGAUCGAGGUACAGAUCCAAUGGAACCAAUUCCAUUAAAUUCAACAACCGCUCAAACUGCAACAACAAGUACUGCAUCAGUCGCAACAUCACCCCCUACUACAACAACAAAAGCUACCACAACAUUAUCUACAUCACUUGGAACAUCGUCUUCAAGUACAACAACUUCGCCACUUAAAGAAUCUACAACAUCAACAACACAGCAAAGUUGUAAAUCACCAGAAGCGGGACCAAGUGGUAUUCAAAAAACAGCAAAUAAAAAACGGCUAAGACCUAAAAAAGAUAAGCGCCUAAACGCAUUACAAAGUGAUGACGAAGAUUCUUCAUCAUCUUCGGAUUCAUCAUCGUCGUCAAGUAGUGAUGGCUCAAAUACGGGUCCACCAUUAAUGGAUUUAAUUUUAGAACAUAUUAAACGUGAACAAGUUAACGCAUCGCCAGAUAAACAACCUUCAACUAGUAAAACAAAAUCGAAAAAAUCUAGUCCAAAAAAUUUGAGAAAAGAUCGCAAAAGAAAAAAGAAAAAAAUUUUGAAUUUUAUAAUUCAAGAUGAAGAUAAUGAUGAUCAAAGUGAAGAGGAAGAGGAUACUGUACCUAGGCAACAAUCAGAAGGGCAAUCGAGUUCAACUGCACCAGAUGUUCAUGUAGAAAUGUACCAAACGAUGGAAACUCCCGAAUCAGCAUCAGAUUCUGCUGUCUCGUAUAUUUCAUCAAUUAAUGAAGAAAGUGGUGAAUUGGAUUUUUCAGGAAUUAGAAUGACUGAUGACCAACAUUUUCCACCGAAUCCGUCCGAACCAAUUCAAGUUGAUACGAGUCAGUGGAGGUCUGAUCACCUUCUACCUCCAGAAUAUCACAUGAUACCCGAUCAACCAUCAACAUCUUCAGGAACAACACGGGGUGAAUAUUUUCAUGUUUAUGGUGAUAAUGAUGUCCCAGUUGAUCUAUCAUCUAAUGGGUACACAAUGGAAGAUGAGGAAAGCACUGAUCAACAACGACCUCAUGUCGAUCAUAAUUAUAUGGCAUCAACGUCAUCAUCAACAAAUUCAGCAACUCCAUCCUCAUCUUCAUCACGUGGCGAAGGUCGUCAAAAUACUCGGCCUUCUCUUACUCGUAAAAAUUGUGUUAGAUCUGAAUUACGACAAUUACAGUUUAUACGAUAUAUGUGCCAUAAAUUUCAAGAUUUAUUAAAUACAAACCAAAGUCCGUCAUCGCCUGGGCCACCACCUGUAGCACGAUCUUCGUUGCACUGGGCCAGUACCAAUGCAACACCAUCUAGAAAUACAGAGCCUACAAGAAGUUCACCAGCACAAUUACGACGCCGAAAUUCAUUUCCUCGAUGUGUAACAUUUCGUCCAGGAAAUGAUGAUAUUAUACCAUCUACAAGUAAUCCAAAUAGUCCUGUGACCCCUCCCCGAGUUGUAUCGUUUCGUGUGGAUGUUCCAUCCACAAGUAACAGUACACAAAGUCCACCGACCACAAAACCUUCAACAUCAACUGUCGAUAACAAAACAGUCGAAAAAUCUUCUACGGAGACCGCAAAUACUUCGAAUUUAACGCGACAUUCGAAUUCAAAUUUAGAAUCAGAAAGUAGUAUAUCAUCUCCAUGGUGUAAUAGACGAUUACAUGUACAUCAUCACCAUCGAUUAAACCGUCAUAUAUUUGGUGUCCGAUUAGGAUCGGAUGUGCGACGACAUUCGAAUCUCUCACACAUGAAAACUCAAAAUAAUGCUGUAAAUUUAUCAAGAACAGAUACAGCAACGGUACCCGCCGAAGAAGAUGAUCCCAACCAACGAAAUCAUACCAAUCCUAUUGCAAUUGCCGAAGCAAUUCGUCGUUUACAACGUAAUAAUCCAUCGUUAGUUCGGCGCAGGGCAAAUCUUCUUUCAUUCGCGGUACGUCUUAAUAAUGAAGCAGCCUCUAGUAAUUCAUCACAAUUAGACGCCAAUUUUAUAAAAGAGCUUGCACGAAUAAGUGCACAAUAUGAACGUAAUAAUGAAACAGUUCCUAGUAAUUCUUCACGAUUAGAAAAUGACAAUAAUCAAAGUAAUUUGGAUUCUUCACGAAUUACUACAACAUCUGUGAGUAGCGGUACAACAUCUGUGAAUAGCGGGACAACAUCUGCGGUACGUCUUAAUAAUGAAGCAGACCCUAGAAAUGCAUCACAAUUAGACGACAAUAGUUUUAUAAACGAGCUGGAACGAAUAAGUGCACAAUAUGAACGUAAUAAUGAAACAGUUCCUAGUAAUUCUUCACGAUUAGAGAAUGACAAUAAUCAAAGUAAUUUGGAUUCUUCACAAAUUACUACAACUGUGAGUAGCAGUGGCUCUCAAGAAUUGGAUAAAUCCUCUGUAAAUGAGGUAAAAAUAUCUAAUGCAAAUAAUCGUCGUCGUGAAAGUAGCGAAAGAAAUAUAGAUUCUUCUCAAAGUAGAGAUCAGAUUAGUCCACCGCGAAAAAUGAUGAAAACUUCUUUUGAUGUUGGAGUAGAACCAUCAUGUAGUACGGCAGACCUUGUACAACAAAGUACUCAUCCGGAAAAUAGCCAAAAUAGUAGGGAAAUCCCGAACCCGAUUGCCAAUGUACGUUUAAAUAUUGAACGACGGUUCAAUCCAAGUGUUCGCCAAGAAAAUAGUUUGAAUUCUUCUCAAAUUCCUAUCACGUCUAUUGCGAAGGAUAACACAAAUAGUUCACCUCGAAGGGCUGAGGAAUUAAAUCAAUCAUCCCAACCUUCAGUUGCUGCUACCUGUUUACGUUCAAACUUUGUACGACGUCAUGUUCGGCGUGACACCAACCAAAGUUCUUCGCAAAUACCUAGUACAGCAGAGCCUUCAUGUAGCACUACGAAUAUUCGGCACACUAGUUUACGUUCAAAUUUAAUACGACGUCACCCACACCUGCGACGUCAUCUUCACAUCCCAUUAUCAACAUUUCGACCAAGAUUAUUUUCUCCAUCUUCUUCUACGACAACCUCAUCAAAUCCUGCAGGAACUUCUGGUGGACGGGCAUCGUCAGAGAAUGGUACCAGUUCUUCCUCAUCGUCUUCAGAUAACCAAUCAUCUCCAGAUAGUGUACGCAAAUUUAUUGAUAUCAAUGAAAAUAUGAUGAUUACGCCCGCAUCGAUACUGUUUAUUAUUCGUCGUCUUGAAGAUUUAAUUCGACAACAACAUACACAACAACCUGCACAGAAUGCCCAUUCACCUCCAACGAAUCCGCCAAGAACAACCCGAUACGAACUUCAGAUUUAUUUACGAUUAUUAUCACUACAUUCACGCUUAACACGUUUAGGAGUCCAAUUGGAUCGUUCUUCACGUUUAGAUCUUCGAUCAUCCGUCAUUCAUGGCCUCAGGGGGGAAAAUGAGAGUGUAGGAAGGGAUGUAGAGAAUGUAUAUCAAGGCCGAUAUGUUUUAAGUAUCAUACUAAUAAUAUUAAUGCGAUAUUAUGAAAAUCAACACAAUAAUUCGCCACCCACACCACGGAUUUUAACUGAUCGGCUAGCAUUUAUGCUGCGCUUAUCAAUUAUAUUAACUGAUACACUCUUAUUAAAUGUUUUCGAACGAUUACCCAUAGAUAUGCCCAAUACGCAUGAUAUGCCCGAUACACAUGAAUAUAUCUUAUCUACUUUUCGUGAAAUAGAUGAUCGUAUCGACGCACAUGAACGAAGGCGAAACUUACAAAACGAGCGAUCGCAGCGUAGUAAUUAUUAUAUUGAGGAUUUAUCGCGCAUGUCUGUGAAUGAUGAUCCAAAUGAAAUUGUACCUGAAGGGGUUGCAUCAUCAUCCCCAACACCACGUAGUAGCAACACAGAAGCUACUUCAUCUACUGGACAAACACCAACACGUCGUUGGGAUAUGGAACCAGAAUUAGUACCGUUAUCAGCGGAAACAUUAUUAUCACGAAUGCGAGAAUCGCAGACUCGUUUUCGAGAGUUUUUCAACACAAGGAUUAGCAAUUUACGAAAUUUACGGCGAAGCAUAAAUAAUAAUAUGCGAGCGUAUCAUAUUCUAGAUGAUAUGCAACGGUCACUUGUACCGCGUGUACAAGUGAACGAUGUACCUGUUAAUGAUGAUGCUGUUAUAAAUCGUCCAGUUCGCCCAAUGCCAUUACCACAAUUACGUAUACCAUCAGAUACUGUCCUAAAUCGUGAUUCAGUGUUAAAUCGUCCUUUACGACCAAUGCCAUUAUCACAACAACGUAUCCCUUCAGGCAUGUUUCGACCACGAUUUUUACAUCCAUUAUAUGGGGGCGGUGCUGGAGUAUUGGUUGAUGGGGAUAUUGAUGAUACUCAACGAGAACAAAUUUUUGGUAUGGGUGAUGACUUUCCGGCCUCUGCAUGUCCAAAUCAUAGGAUACAAAUAUGGAAUAUGGCAGAUGGGCGAAUACCAAGUAUUACAAACCCGGAUAAAAAUGUUGUAGUAUCGGACUGUAAAAUUCACAAUGAUGCUAGUGUUGAUAUUUCACAAGACGGUAAUCUACUUGUUACGUUAUUGCCAUCUGGUGGAUAUUUAAAUAUAACAAAUAAAUUAGUAGGUGUGUUCAGUAUACAAUGGGACAAUUUAGGACAAUGUUUAUAUACGGCAAGUUUUGAACAAAAUGCUGUGUCUGUUUCAUUAUCAACAACGGCACGAUAUUUAGCGGUUGGUUUAGCAUCUAGACGUGUUUCAUCAUUAGUUCCCGGCAGUGAACGUUGUAUAAUGGCACAAUUAUAUAAAUUAGAAACGGACGGCCGAACGUUAUUGCUACGUGAUAUUGAGAAAUCACGUAAUUUAGGUACAACAAGUAUUAAUUGUAUUCGAUGGAGUCCAGUACCUGGCCAAGGUUUGGUCUAUGCCACAAAUUCAGGACAUUUAAAAGUUUUAUCAUAAAUUUUUUAUUUAUAUUUUUGUACAUGGUGAAACAUUUAAGUUGAUCUAAGCAAUUGCUUUAUCUGAAACAAAAUGAGAUAUUCAAAAAUUAUUCCCUUCGAGAAAUAGACGAAAGAUCUUGAAUUUCUCAGAUGUAAUUUUUAUAAGCUCAUGGAGGAUUAAUGAGAGUUCCCCAAGUUCCAAACUAUUUAAAAUUUUGUAGCCUGGAAUAACGAGUGUGAUCUUUAUUAUAUUAACCCUUGUUUUGAGUUUCAAGGUUUCAAUAUGAUUGGGUAAUAAGCAAAUAGUCGAUCUAUCUGGAUUAUGGGGCUAUUACAGACAGGCGAUCUAGUCGUCUAUAUUUACAUUAAAGACAGCGUUUUCCUUAUUUAAGUUUCAUGGGGGGCAUUCCGACGUAUACAGAUAAAAAUCUCUUGUGUAAAUCAACUUAAAAGAUUGAGUUUAUUCGAAUGUAAACUAUUUGUCAAAUUUUGUGCAAUACUGAAAAAACUUAAAUCAAAAAAUUUUUUGAAUAUAUCGUUUUGUUUAAGAAAAAAAAAUCAUCUCAAUCAGAAUAGAU